AUGUCUCCUAAUGCAUUUAGUCGCAUAUUCAGUAUAACAUUAAAUACUGUAUUUAAACGAUUUCUAUUAUCAUUGAUUCGUACAACAUUAAUUUAUAUAAUUGCAUUAUUAUUUGUUCAUUUACCAACAUUUUAUUAUUAUAUAACAACAUUAGGAAAAGAUGAUCGAAAAUAUGGAAAACAAAAAAGAAUUCGAUCACAAUUAAUUGAUUCAUCUGAUCCAUCAUCACCAUAUAGAGCUGUCGAAGUUCUUCAUCAACUUCAAACUCAACCCGAAGAUCAACUUGAAACAUUAGCAGUUAUUUCUGAUCUUUGUCUUCAACGUCAUGCAGACAAAGAAACUUUAGGUGUUAGAGAAAUAAUUGAUGUUCAAGACGAAACACAGCCUAAUGGAAAAAUUUAUAAGAAGUUCCUAUUGGGUGACUAUAAAUUUACAAAAUAUAGUGAAGCUUGUGAUCGAAUUAAUUCCAUUGGUCGUGGUUUAUUAUCAUUUGGUUUUAAAUCUGGUGAUAAAAUUUUAAUUUAUGCUGAAACACGUCCUGAAUGGUUAUUAACUGCUUUGGCAGCUUUUCGUCAUGGUUUAACACUUGUUACACUUUAUUCGACUUUAGGUGAAGAGGCUCUUAAACAUGGAAUAAAUGAAUCAGAAGUUAAAAUUAUUAUUACAUCACAUGAACUUAUUUUUAAACUUGAUAAAACAUUGGAUCAAACAGAAAAAGUUCGCUAUGUUAUCUAUUUUCCACCUCUUAUUAAAACACAAGAGAAUAAAAUACCAAAUGAUAAAAAUAAUAUUCAAUUUAUUUGUUUAAAUCAAUUAGAAGAACAAGGAAAAUCUUCACAUAUUGAUGAAUCUAUAUUAAAUAAACGACCUGAUAAAGCUGAUAUUGCUGUUAUUAUGUAUACAAGUGGAAGUACUGGAACACCUAAAGGUGUAUUAAUAAAACAUGAAAAUAUUGUUGCUGCAAUGACUGGUCAAAAAGAACGAGUUUUUCCAAUGGUUGAUGUUGAAAAUGAUGUUUACAUUGCUUAUUUACCAUUAGCUCAUAUUCUUGAACUUUGUUGUGAAAUUCUUAUUUUUUAUUUGGGUAUUAAAUGUGGUUAUUCAUCUCCUCAAACAUUAACUGAUCAAUCUACAGCUAUAAUGCGUGGUCACAAAGGUGAUUUACAAGUUCUUCGACCGCAUUUAAUGUGUUGUGUACCUACAAUUCUUGAUCGUGUUCAUAAAGCAGUUAAUGAAAAAAUUAAUCAAUCAAAUUUCAUUCAACGUCAAUUAUUUUUUUUAACAUAUAAAAUGAAAAUUAAACGUUUAGAACUUGGUCUUGAAAGUCCAUAUCUCGAUCGAGUAAUAUUUUCUCGUUUUAAUCAAUUAGUUCUUGGUGGUCGAGUUAAAACAAUGUUAUGUGGUGGAGCAGUUUUAAGUGAAGAAACUCAACGUUUUGUUCAAGCUGCCCUUUGUGUAACCCUUUUUCAAGGCUAUGGUCUUACUGAAACAUGUGCAGCUGGAACUAUUGCUGAUCGAUAUGAUAUAACAAUUGGCCGAGCUGGAUAUCCGCUUGUUUCAUGUGAAAUUCGUUUAGAAAAUUGGGACGAAGGACAAUAUAAAAAUACAGAUAAGCCAAAUCCACGCGGAGAAAUACUUAUUGGUGGAAAAGUUGUUGCCAAUGGUUAUUUUGCUGAAGCAUCAAAAGAAAAUUUUAAUUUUAAAUUUAUUGGUGGACAAAGAUUUUUUGCGACUGGUGAUAUUGGAGAAGUUUUUCCCGAUGGAACAAUUAAAAUUAUUGAUCGAAAAAAAGAUUUGGUUAAAUUACGUGGUGGUGAAUAUGUUUCAUUAACAAAAGUUGAAAUGGCAAUUAGUAAAAUACCUACUAUUGAAAAUUGUUGUGUUUGCGCAUCAGCUUCUUCUGAAUUUACUGUUGCUUUAAUUUGUCCAAAUAUAAAACAAAUGGCGGAUUAUACAGAAAGACAUUAUGAUGAAAAAGAAUGGCAAAAAUUAGUUGAUAAUGAUGAUUUAAAUGAAGACAUACUUAAACAAAUUCAAGAUGGUUGUAAAAAAGGUGGAAUUGAAAGAUUUGAAACUCCACAACGUAUUAAAAUCGUAAAAGAAGCUUGGACACCAGAAACAGGUCUUGUUACUGAUGCAUUAAAAUUAAAAAGAAAAGCUAUCGAACAAAAAUAUAAAUUUGAUAUUGAAUUACUCUAUGAAGAAAAUCAACAAAAAUCAACUGGAAAAAAAAUCAAUAAAAAUAAAAAUCAAUUAAAUAGUGAGAAUCAAACGAAUAUUCCAAGUUCAAAAAAUGAAAAUGAGAAUUCAAACAAAAAACAACAAUAA